AUGGGUUCUUUAAGCGAGCUUCCAGAUCGCGAUGCCCUCAUCAAACGGGCAGUCCCAUCGAUGGUCCUCAGCGACGGCAGCCCUUCUUCAAAGACCCCGGCACCAGCCACGCAGAUCGAGUCCGACGCCACUGUUGGAGCUCAGAAACGCUUCUCCGUCACAGGAAACGCCGUUGUCACUGGAGGUGCCGGUGUACUUGGGCUUCAUGCUUGCGAUGCUCUCCUUGAGCACGGCCUCCAGGGCCUCAUGAUCUUCGACGUCAACCCGGACAAUAGCAAACAAGAGAUCGCCGGCAUGCAAACCAAAUUCCCUGCGGCCCAGAUCCACACCCGCAAGGUCGACGUGACAGCCGAAGAAGCCGUCAAGGAGGCAAUGGAAGAGACCGUCAGCGUACUCGGAUCCAUCGAUACGCUUGUCUGUUUUGUUGGCAUGGUCGGCUGCAUUGAAACCCUCGAGAUGCCCGUUUCGCAGUGGCGGAAGAUCCUGGACAUCAACACCACGGGAUCCUUUAUCUGCGCCCAGGCGGCUGCCCGCGAGAUGGUGAAACAUGGGAAUGGAGGCUCGAUUACGUUCGUUGCAUCGAUUUCCGCACAUCGUGUCAAUUACCCCCAGCCACAGGUGGCUUACAAUGUGAGCAAGUCUGCUCUUCUGAUGCUUAAGAGCUGUCUCGCGGCCGAGUGGGCUCGCUUCGGGAUCAGGACCAACAGCGUGAGCCCCGGGUAUAUGGAUACAAUAUUGAACGAAGGCGAUGGAAUUGCAACCCACCGGAAGAUCUGGGCGGAGCGCAAUCCUUCGGGUCGGAUGGGGAGCCCGUCUGAGUUGACGGGGGCUAUUGUGCUACUCUCGAGCACCGCGGGUACCUAUAUGAAUGGCACGGAUAUUGUUGUUGACGGUGGUGCAAUUGUGUUUUGA